AUGGAAGAACCAGAGGCUAAUUUGGUCCAAGUUCGCAAAUCACACAAAGUUGAACAAAUGGUAUCAAAAUGGCUCCGACUUACAAGAGAUAACUCCCAAAGGAAUCGAAAUACAACUGAAGGAGCCUCAGCCACCACCACGAACCAGUCGAGCUUCCCAUUGAAAGUGUCCGUGAGGAUUUAUAAAGACUCGUUGCUGGAGUAUGGAUUUACUAUAACAGAGGAAACACCACUGUGUGUAAAGUCUGUCACUGCAGAUGGUCCUGGCGAAGGGAAGCUGUUCCCGGGAGAUCAGAUUCUAAACAUAAACAAUGUGCCGGUGGAGGACAUUGCAAGAGAACACUUAUUUAACAUUAUCAGUGAAUGUGGUAACUCUCUUGCAGUCACUGUAUUGCGAUAUACCACUGGCCCCAAGUCAUCUUUUCUUACUGAGGAAAAGCGGGCAAGGCUGAAGAGUAACCCUGUCAAAGUUCGCUUUGCUGAGGAAGUGAUGGUUAACGGCCACACGCAGGGCAACUCGUUGAUUUUUAUGCCCAAUGUUCUCAAGCUGUAUUUGGAAAAUGGACAGACGAAAGCAUUUAAAUACGAUAGCAAUACGACUGUGAAGGAUAUUAUUCUAACUCUGAAACAAAAGCUGUCCAUCCGUUGCAUUGAACACUUUGCUCUAGUCCUGAAGGAACAGUACAGCACCUCCAAGGUGUAUCUCCUACAUGAAGAUGAGAUCAUUGAGCAGGUGGUGGAAAAACGGGAACCCCAUGACUACAAAUGUCUCUUCAGAGUUUGUUUUCUUCCCAAAGACCCCCUGGACCUUCUUCGAGAUGAUCCAGUUGCAUUUGAAUACCUCUACAAACAGAGUUGCAAUGAUGUGCUGCAGGAGAGAUUUGCCAUGGAGAUGAAAUGCAAUAUUGCAAUCCGGUUGGCAGCAUUGCAGAUACAGGAAUGUAUUCUCAGCUCUAAGCAGCAUCAGAAAGUCUCCCUGAAAUACAUUGAGAAGGACUGGGGAAUUGAGAACUUUGUCUCACCAACUCUGCUUCAUAACAUGAAGGAAAAAGACAUCAGAAAGGCCAUUAACUACCAUCUCAAGAAUAAUCACAGCUUGGUUGCACCAGGACAAAAGCAGCUGAUAUCGACAGCUCAAACUCGGCUGAAUUAUCUGAACAUACUUGGCGAUCUUCGGACAUAUGGAGGAAAAAUCUUUAAUGUAACCCUGAUGUUGCAGGACAGAGAAUCGUUUGUCACCCUGUUGAUUGGAGCCAAGUAUGGCAUCAGUCAGGUUAUUAACAGUAAGCUCAAUAUUAUGAACCUGCUGACGAACUUCCGGCACAUCAGGAAGCUGGAGCUCACGUUCGAGUGUGAGAAGGUCAGCAUGGUGAAGAUCCACCUACAGGAUGUGAAGCCCCUGACGUUAUUACUGGAGGCUCACUAUGCCAAGGAUCUUGUGUGUCUGAUCGCUGGCUAUCACAAGCUGUACGUGAAGUUGGGUGAAAGUAUAUUCACAUGGCCCAGCAGCACCCAGAAUCCGCCGUUUACAAACGAGGAAGGCGAGGAUUCUCGGGGAUGCAGUGACUCGGAGUCUUCAUCUGAAAUUGACUCUUCGUUGGAGAUGUCUGCCGAAUUCCACAAACUGAGGAACGGAUACAUCCAGCCGUUGAACGAAGAAGACGAAGAGAAUGAGAAUUCAGAGAGCGAGGCAACGGACAGCGAUUACAAACGGGAAGAGGCGCUGGAAGAGAUGAGCUGCAGUACCGGAGAUACGUCGGAUAUCAACGAAGUUAGUCAGGAAAGGAGUGACUGUGAACGAAGCUGCUCUAUUGACUCAAUGGAAGAACUGGACGUCGAAGUCUCAGCGAGCAACAUGUUGUAUCAGCAAUCGCACUGUGAUAUUUCUGAAGAGGUGGCAGAGGAAGGCAAAGGUUCCAUCCCUGCAGGAAGUUUAGAUAAACCACUUACGCGGAAGAAGUGUACGACGGAAUCUAAGGACAGCUUGCUUCACCUUUCAGAGGCAGAGGACUCCUUGACUUGCAUCAACGUUCUAUCUGAGAGUUGCAACAGUGCUACAGAGGAGAUGGUGGCUGGCUCUUCGCAUGAUUUAAGUGACAAGUCCCAUUCUACUGAAGGAAUGGAAAGUUGCAACCAGUGCCAUGAAGACAUCAGUGGCAAGGCUGAAGAAGGGCCUGGGCUCAACAAUUGGACAGACAGCAUCUUGCUAGCUGAGCUGCCACCAGAGACGCCAGCUCCUGACUGUGAUAUGCUUGUCGAUGUUCUAAACAUUCCUAUUCUGGAUCCUCCUCCCGGGUUUGGAGACAGCAGUUCAGAUGAUGAAUUUUUUGAUGCAGCAGAUAGAUUGACUCCUGUUGAACUUCCCGUUACCAUUGGAACAGGAGAAGACUUGGAGCCUGUCGACAGCAAUGGCAAGGAAUGUGAGUGGAAUUUGUUGAAAAUGCCAAGGGAUUAUGGUAAUGGAAUGAACAGCAAGUCAGGGGAUCCCAAGGAGGAUGAAAAUGACCACACAAGACAUUCGACGAACACGGAAAAACAAGGUUAUUUCACACACAACGACCUUCUUUAUGACAUAAAGCAUGAUCUUCCUCAGAGUUUUUCAGGUGAAAGUAAAGAUCAUAUGUGCUGUUACGAAAGGGAUAAUCAUGUAUCGGAGAUCCAGCAAUCCCCAACCCUGUCUUCUUUGAAGAGAAUUGAGAACGAGCCUGCUCUGAUGGAAACAAAACCAAUUGGGCCAUUGAAAUCCAUCCCCGUCUCCACCAACAAAAAGGUCACUUCGGAUCUGAUGGAAAUGGAGCCUGACACCAUGGAAACCAAGUCUGUGACAGAGUCAAUAAAAAUUGUUUCCCCAGUUUCUGCUACACGUUACAGGGGUGAGCCAGGUACUAAAGAGAAUUGCACAGCUUCAACAGUUGGGAAAUGCCGUACCGAGGGAGGAGAGAUCACAAACCAAUGUCCUUUGAAUAAUAACCAAUCCAGAAAAGAUUGCCCCCAAAUUAAUGAGUCAAAUGUAAUUCUGGAGCUUGGAGAUAACUCCUUAGAGAAUCAACCGAACAAGAUCAGACAGUUUAUAAUACCUCAGGUCUGGAUAAUGAUGAACCAUACGACAAUAACCAACAAACUGCAAAUAAAACAAGCGAGGGACCCAAUGAACAGCUCAAAGCAAAUGGCCAAAGCAAUAUAUAUUCCUCAGAAAAAUAAGGAAAUAGAGAACGUUGAGAUGAAUGAUUUUUCGGGGCAUCUUUGCAAGAUACAGAAACAGAGAAUCAAACAAGUCUCUGAGUCUCUUCUACUCUUCCCACAAACCGAUGUGGACAAGGUCAGUGGAGCACAGCGUUCAACACUUUGUUCACAAGACAAAGACCUUUCUCAGGAAAUAUGCUUGCCACCACGCACAUCAAAGAAGCUGCACGAGGUAGAACAGCAAUGCUCAUUGACUCAGGAAUCUUGUGGCAGAGAGCUGGUGCCUAGACUUCCAAUCUCUAGUCAAUUAGAAUCCAUACUAAAUAACUCCAACAACUUUGAGCAGCCAGAGGAUCAACUGGACAGCAGUGUUGAGUUUGAGAACUCUGUUACACUCACAAUGGACUCCGCGGGUAAUGAGCUGCCUGUGGGCGGGAUGGAAGCCUGCAGUUGCCGGCUGGUUUACCAGAACUGCUUUAGGGGAUCGGUCAGUGACGUUAAUGAUGACAAAAAAGAUCCAGAACCUUCCACGGAAUCCCUGUCGCCAAGGACCAUUCCACCUUCUUCCGGAAGUCCGUUAUCCGAGUACCAUAACACUUUUACGAGAAAGAGUGACGAAACUGUGCUCAGUGGCUGUCUUCCCGGUCACCUUGAAAUGAACAGUACAGUGGGAGGUGUGAAAGAGAAAGAUAGUCUUCUGUCACAGUUCAAAGAUAAAAGAUAUAAUAUGCCAAGUGGGUUCACUUUGGUACAGAAUGAUAUCGCGGAACUAUGCAAGCUUUUGAAGGAAGAUUACAGAGCAAGUCACACAGAAGGAGAUUGUGCAAUACUUUCCUCAAGAAACAAGCAGACGCUGUACACUGAAUCCAGGAAGCUGAUGUCCACUUGUCAGAAGGCCGUCAAAAUAGAUCAAACACCAGACCAAAUGCUUAUGGGGGUUUCUGAAAGUUUCCAGACCCUUGCACGACUAACAGCAACAUGUCUCCGGUUCACAACCUGCAUGCGUUGCAUUGAAUGUCACACAGAAGUAGUCGCUAACCUGAAACGGGUUAUCUGUAUUUAUAAAACAUUUGUACGAGCUUCUGAAAAUGCAUGUGGCAAAGAGUUGGAUGAUAUGAGUGUCAAGUUACUGGCUCGAGAAUGUACUGAACUGACUGCUAGUGUGUUCUGCCUCACCCGGCUGUUCACAAGUGCUCCACCUUUGUAAUAUGAAACGACCAUGUUUGUAAGGUUUUUGAGCCAUGGAGGAACGCAAAUAAAUGUUGUUAAAAUAAAUUCGGAAGAUGCUGCAUAAAAGCCAUUCCACAAGUCCAGAAAUCCAGAAGUUGCCUAACAGCUCAGAAAGUGGGUUACAGAACUUUGAGAGCACCUUUAUCAAACAGAA